AUGCCCAAAGUCGAUUUAACAUUUUGCCUUGAAGGAAUCAAUGCCAGUGAUCCCUUCCCAUUCCAGUUGUCUGUGAUCACAUCAUCGGGAGAAGAAAGUGUAGUUGUCAAAACUACCCAAGACAUCACUACAAUGGAACGUCACGUUGCCAAACAAGUUGAUGUGUCUUCUCUCAGCAAAGUCAAUGUGAGAAUUUUGAUUCCAAUUAGAGGUAUUGAUACAGUUCAACCUUUUAAUGUUGAAAAAGAGGGUCCAUUCAUACUCAUUAAACGUGAAGAGGGCAAAGGUCUUCAAAUUGUUCAAAGAAAAGCUGAUGAUAAAUUCGGAACUACACAAGUUGUGAAAACUGCAACAGGAGGAAAUGAAUCUCGAUCUCAGCAUCAAGCAGGGUUUGUUGUUGAUCCACAAACUGGGCAGAAAAGAUACCUCUCAAAGUCUAAUCCACAAACUACCACGUACUCGGUUCCUUCUUCUGGCACAAGUAGUGGUGUUGACACAUCCAAUCGAACAACAACCGAAUCAGCUGGAGAUGUCUAUGCACAACUUGAAAAGCUAGGGCAAUUGCGAGACCGUGGAAUUCUUACAGAAACUGAAUUUCAACAACAAAAGAAGAAACUUCUUGGAUUGUAA